GAGGUUGAGAGAGGUGGGAGGGAUCUGAUCUCCCGCACCGCACGCAACCCGCAAGAAAAAAUAUCGCACCUUUACGACUCCAUCGCCGUCACCCUCCCCUCCUCCCAAUAACUAACAAGAGGCAGCAGCCUCUCUAGUCCGAGCAGUCUCCAACGCCAGCUCAUCUCUUUCUCUCUCGGUCUCACUUUUUUUCCUUUCCAAGUCUCUUCUCAGUCCACUCCCGAAGAACUCCCUUCCCACGCGGCGGUUGCGGUCGCGGUACCGCUAGCUUCCCGUGCUCUCCCCAAUCGGCGCGCCAUCCAGACCUCGUGAUCCCUUCGAAUUCCGUCGAUUCUCGCGCUCCGCGGAUCUCGUCGGAUCUCUCGUCGGCGUAAUUCCAGCGCCGGGGUGCGGGAAGUCUCGGCCGGCGAGAGGAAGCGGCGGCCGCGUGCCGGAGCGAGCUCGGAGGGCCGCGAGCUCCUUCGCGUUGAUGCGCGUGUGUGUGCGGCGGAUAGGAUGGGGAGAGGAUCCGAGUGAGGCGGGCGGUCUAGAUGAAGCGGAAGGGGAACCAGCAGAAAUCUCAGCACCGAUGGAAGAGGAAGCUGUUCGCGGCGGUUCUGCUAGGGCUGUGCUUCGCGAGCCUGAUGCUGAUGCAUACUCAGUACGCUCGCGUCGUGAAGCUGGCCGCGCUGCGCUAUCGCUCCGCUCCGAAGCACAAGAUCGCCUUCCUGUUUAUAGCGCGGAAUCGGCUCCCCUUGGACAUUGUUUGGCACGCGUUUCUCCAGGGUGAGGAGGACAGAUUUUCAAUUUUUGUCCAUUCAAGGCCUGGAUUUGUAUUGAACAAGGCAACUACGAGAUCGGUCUAUUUUUUAAAUCGGCAAGUUAAUAACAGUGUAAAGGUGGAUUGGGGAGAAGCAAGCAUGAUAGAAGCAGAGCGUAUUCUUCUUAGACAUGCACUGGAAGAGCCUUCUAAUGAACGCUUUGUUUUUCUGUCAGACAGCUGCUUACCUCUAUAUAACUUCAGCUACACAUAUGACUAUAUAAUGUCAACAGCAACUAGUUUUGUUGACAGCUUUGCAGAUACAAAAGAGGGCCGUUAUAAUCCAAAAAUGGAUCCAAUUAUACCUGUCCAUAACUGGAGGAAAGGAUCUCAGUGGGUUGUUCUGACCAGAAAACAUGCUGAAGUGGUGGUCAAGGAUGAUACAGUCUUUCCGACCUUUCAGUUGCACUGCAAGAGGAAGUCACUACCUGAGUUUUGGAGGGAUCGUCCCCUACCAGUCGAUGGAUCAAAGGAGCACAAUUGUAUACCUGAUGAACAUUACGUGCAGACCCUACUUGCUGAAGGCCUCGAAGAAGAAAUUACACGAAGAUCACUGACACAUUCUUCAUGGGAUCUUUCAUCCUCUAAAGACCGUGAGCGUCGUGGAUGGCAUCCUGUGACUUACAAGUUUUCUGAUGCUACUCCGAAGCUAGUUCAAUCCAUAAAGGAUAUUGAUAACAUCAACUAUGAGACAGAAAACCGAAGAGAAUGGUGCAGCAGCAAAGGGAAGCCAUCGCGGUGCUUCCUAUUUGCAAGAAAAUUCACCCGGCCUGCUGCACUCCGGCUUCUAAAUAAUUCGGUGCUGGGACCUUCCAGAGAUAAUUUGUAAAUCCUGACCGGAAUGAAUUAUACACAGCUUUCUUUAUGUAUUAGAAUAGCUUUAGUCAGAUCCAGCUCACGCAAAGAAUGUCGUGUAAUAUGUGUGUAGAAUAAAGGUAAAGGUUGUAGCUUCAGGAGAAGGAAAUAUAGAAAAAAUACGUUAUACAGUGUAUGAGCGGUUGUAAUUGUUUGGCACUUCAAGCAAUAAAAGAGAGGAUGGUUUUCCCGUUA